AUGGUAAAUAGGAUCACAGAAAUUGUUGUCAUUGAUUUGCAGUUUAAUUGCGCAAAUAUGCACUACUUGAAGUAGCUUUCUAUAUUUACAAUACUUAAAUUAUAUGUACGAAAAAGUAUUUUGUAUUUGGCACAAAUUAGUAAAGCCUCGCUUCCCCCGGCCAUAGCGUAACAUGGUCACGUCCUUGCUUGAAAAAAUAUAUUUUCGCGAGGAUUUUUUUUUUUCAGCAAAUAUUGAACUUAAAAACGUGUCUUUAUUUAAGAAAUAUAUACAUGUAAUAAUAUGUAUUCAUAAAUAUAGUCAUAUUGGUCUUUAUCCUCAAAUAGUUUAUCUCAAACACCCCUACCACAAGUCUCAACGUGACACUUCCUUGUUUUUCGAAAAGUUUUAUUUGGUAGUAGUUGGCUAUCUAUGGCUAGCACAAUUUGACAUGGAUCCUAUUGGAAUAUGAGAUGAGGUGCAUUGAUUAACAUUUAUUCAACUUUAAGGUUUAGCUUUUAGGUUGUCCAUGGCUGUAAAUAUAGGCUAGAUAAAUUGAGAAGUUUAAACUAGUAGGGGAAGAUGUUAUCCGCGGGCAACGAAGAUUUCAGGGUGAAGUUUCCACUACAUUCCUUAGUCUGGGAAAAUGAUUACAGGAAAUUGGAAAACGACUCAACAAAGAACGACGUCGAGGCUGUGGAUCCCAGGGGAAGGACACCGCUCCACCUGGCUGUGUCGCUGGGCCACCUGGAGUCGGUGAGAGUGCUUCUGAGACAUGGCGCUGAAGUUACCAAAGAGAAUGCCAAGAAUUGGACAGUGCUGCAGGAGGCAGUCAGCACCGGCGACCCAGAGAUGGUGCAGCUAGUGCUCCAGCGACGAGACUACCUCAAAGCCUCCACAGCUCUGGGAGGAGUGCCUGAGCUUCUGAGCAAGAUCCGUGAGUCCCCAGAUUUCUACAUGGAAAUGAAAUGGGAGUUCACAAGUUGGAUCCCUCUCGUUUCCCGGGUUUGUCCCAGUGACGUGUGUCGGAUCUGGAAGAGUGGGGCCAGCCUGCGUGUGGACGCCACUCUGCUAGGCUUCGAGAACAUGACCUGGAUCAGAGGUCGUCGGAGCUACAUUUUCAGGGGAGAUGAUGCCUGCACAGAGUUGAUGGAGGUGAACCAUGACGAACAGGUGGUGGACACGGAACGCUUUGACAUCUCCAGGGAGAUAGAAGACGUAACGCUGGACUCCAUGCAACCUGCAGAACAGGAAGUGGCCAAGCGGCUGACCACGCCCGUUGUCAAUACCUUUCUGGACACCAGGGACAUUGCUUUUGAGAGAAAUAAAUCUGGGUUUUGGGGUUGGAGGAGUGAUAAAACGGAAGUUGUCAAUGGGUUCGAGGCUAAGGUUUUCACUGUGAACAAUGUAAGCGUGGUGAUCCGGACGAGGACAGAGCAUCUCACCGAUGAGGAGAAGGCUAGAAUAAAAAGUGAGAGGAAUGUUCUGGAGUCUCUUCUGGGCACAGUGGAGCAGCAGAUAAGUGCUCAAGGGGACCUCACGCUGGAGUACGCGACAGCCAACAACCCCACCGCCAUCACACCGGAGGAGUACUUUGACCCUGCGUUUGACCUUGAAGACCGAGACAUUGGCCGGCCCAUUGAACUUACCAUCCGAACCCAGAAGUUCAAGGGUACAUUGUGGAUGAGCGAGGAACACCCCCUCUCCCUGGUGGAGCAGGUCACCCCCAUCAUCGAUCUCAUGGCCCGGACCAGCACCCACUUCGCCCGGCUGCGGGAUUUUGUCACCCUCAAGUUCCCUCCAGGGUUCCCUGUAAAAAUAGAGAUUCCCCUAUUCCAUGUGCUCAACACCCGCAUUUCAUUUGGCAGUGUCAACAAAUGCAGUACGGGCGAACCCUUGGAGACACCCCCCUCCGCUGCCACACCCGAGGAGGAGGUGGAGGAGGUGAGGGAGGAGGGCGGCUGCAGCGAAGCUGCAGUUCCCCCUCUAUUCCAGGUGUGCCCGUCGGUGUUUGAGGUUCCCUCACACUACCGCCACCGAGGAGGGGGUGGCAGCCGCCACACGCCGGUGUCAAAUCAUGACGAGGAGCUACUGCAGUAUGCCAUCCACCAGAGUCUGCUGGAGUCCGGUGGUGGAGCCCUGGGACAGGAAGUGACCUGGGAGGAUGCCAAUGGUGACCUCACAGACCCCAUACUCAGUAGCCAGAGUGACGGAAGCAUCCCAGAGGGGGUGCUGGUGGACCUGGGAGACACCACGUCGAGUCAGGCGAGCUCGGGCACCUCGGCCUCCAGCCCCGACACUGACCUCCGCAUGGCCAUGGAGCUGUCGGCCCGGGCCCAGGCCGAGGAGGAGAGGAGGAGGAAGGAGGAAGAGGAGGAGCUGGAGAGGAUAUUGCAGCUCUCGCUCACAGAGAAGUAAAAAAAGGAAAAUAGGAGGGAAAAAAAUAAUAAUCAAGGCCAUGCCUUGCCAUAACUGCAUUAACUUUUCGUUGAUCAAGAAGCGGCCACCACCACACCCCCAAUCCAGCCCCACCCCACCCUCCUCCUCCACUACAAUCUGCCAUGACACCGGAAAAACAUCCAUGUAACAUAUGUCAAACACAACCAUCUGUAUUUAAUACUUUAAUACCUAUUUUUGUUUAAAAAAAAAAAUUGAACAGAUGUAUUGCUAGAUUUGUGUUUCUGUAUAACACUUAGGCUCUGUCUUAAAAGUGUAGAAGCUGUCAAAUCCUUGAUUCCUCCCGUCCUUUUAAAACAGAGCCAAAGCCACUCCGCUCUCCCGAAGAGGUAUCCAGGUAUUCUUUGAUAUUAUUUUGGGAAGGAUUUCCAUUGGAGUGUAAGGGUUCCAACAAGUGAUUGUGUUUGUUGGGUGUUGUGAAGAGCAGGUUAAACUUGGGACCGGUAGCUGCUUUAGUUGUGGCUCUGGAAGGUUGUUGUUUUAGAGCCCUGGGUCAUGUUCAUUAGGCACCAACUGGAAGGGAGCAGAAUGAAACCGGGAGGGGCUACCUGCACAUAUUCAGUUUCCUGUUGCAAAAAGUUUAAAACAUGUUUUAUUUUUUUAUUAAGAUGACCCUGGAAAUGGCAUUCCAGUCACACAGCCAUUCGAAAAAUUGAAUAUCUCAGGGUUCCAUUGUUCUACAGUUCCUCUGAAACUAGUGAAAGUGCAGUAUGUUAGUUUAUUGUAGACACAUCGAACAUGGUUUUCUGGUCAUCAAUAUGGACUUUUUUUUCAAACAAUAUGACUUGCUGGUGCUUCCAACCCUUUUUCUUCUCGUGCUGCAAGAAUUCAUGUUUUGGAUUUGUGUUGUCAUUGACGCAAUUUUAAAAUGAAAGUGAACUACAUGAUCAUUCAAACAGGUUUUGACUUGCCCCAGAAACCAGGUUUUAUUCAAAGGGCUUGUUAUGUAAGCGGGUUUGAUCUUGUUGGCCAUGGGCACCAUCAAGCAUCAGAACCUCAACAAAGCAAUAGCAGAAGCCGCUGUGCCUACCUGUGGAUGACAAAGGAGCAUACACACGGUUCAGUGGUGCUCGCAAACAAACAAGGUCGAAACAUUGAUUAUCGUAGGCUAUCCAUUGUCUAACUCUUUUUCCUUUCUUAAAGGUCAAAGAAUCUGUCCAUUAGACUUCAAACUCAGCAGGGUUCUAAGUUCUCCUGUAAGUGUGUCUUUUUUUUAUUUUUAUCUUGAAACUACAGAGACCUGUGAACUGAGUGACGUGUGAGAUCUGCUCCCAUGUAGCAUCAUCAUUUUGUACUGAAGGAAGCGAUCCCCUCUAACGUUCCCAAUCCCAAAUGGAUCUUACCUACAGUGCCUUCGGAAAGUAUUCAUACCCCUUGACUUUUUCCACAUUUUUAGUUACAGCCUUAUUCUAAAAUUGAUUAGUUUUUUCACUCAUCAAUCUACACACAAUAACACAUAAUGACAAAGCAAAAACAGUUAUUUAUAAAUAAAGUAUUCGAACCCUUUACUCAGUACUUUGUUGAAGCACCUUUGGCAGCGAUUACAGCCAUGUGUCUUUUUGGGUAUGACGCUACAAGCUUGACACACCUGUGUUUGGGAAGUUUCUCCCAUUCUUCUCUGCAGAUCCUCUCAAGAUUUGUCAGGUUGGAUGAGGAGCAUUGUUGCACAGCUAUUUUCAGGUCUCUCCAGAGAUGUUUGAUCGGGUUCUGGCUGGGCCACUCAAGGACAUUCAGACUAGCCCCGAAGCUUCUCCUGUGUUGUCUUGGCUCUGUGCUUAGGGUCGUUGUCCUGUUGGAAGGUGAACCUUCGCCCCAGUCUGAAGUCCUGAGCACUCUGGAGCAGGUUUUCAUCAAGGAUUUCUCUGUGCUUUGUUUCGUUCAUCUUCCCUCGAUCCUGACUAGUCUCCCAGUCCCUGCUGCUGAAAAACAUCCCCACAGCACCAUGCUUCACCGUAGGUAUGGUGCCACAUUUCCUCCAGACGUGACGCUUGGCAUUCAGGCCAAAGAGUUCAAUCUUGGUUUCAUCAGACCAGAGAAUCUUGUUGCUCAUGGUCUGAGAGUCUUUAGGUGCCAUUUAGCAAACUGCAAGCAGACUGUCAUGUGCCCUUUAAUGAGGAGUGGCUUCCGUCUGGUCUCUCUACUAUAACGGCCUGAUUGGUGGAGUGCUGCAUAGAUGGUUCUCCCAUCUCCACAGAGGAACUCUAGAGCUCUGUCAGAGUGGCCAUCGAGUUCUUGGUUGCCUCCCUGACCAAGGCCCUUCUCCCCCGAUUGCUCACCUUGGCCGGGCGGCCUGCUCUAGGGAGAGUCUUGGUGGUUCCAAAAUUCUUCCAUAUAAGAAUGAUGGAGGCCACUGUGUUCUUGGGGACUUUCAAUGCUGUAGACAUUUUUUGGUUCCCUUCCCAGAUCUGUGCCUCGGCACAAUCCUGUCUCGCUCUGCGGACAAAUUCUUCGACCUCAUGGUUUGGUUUUUGCUCUGACAUACACUGUCAACUGUGGGACCUUAUAUAGACGUGUGUGACUUUCCAAAUAAUGUCCAAUCAAUUGAAUUUAACACAGGUGGACUCCAAUCAAGUUGUAGAAACAUCUCAAGGAUGAUCAAUGGAAACAGGAUGCACCUGAGCUCAAUUUUGAGUCUCAUACCAAAGGGUCUGAAUACUUAUGUAAAUAAGGUAUUUCUCAUUUCUAAAAACCUGUUUGCUUUGUCAUUAUAGAGUAUUGUGUGUAGAUUGCUGAGGAUUUUUUUGUAUGUUAUCCAUUUUAGAAUAAGGCUGUAACGUAAUAAAAUGUGGAAAAGUCAAGGGGUCUGAAUAAUUUCCAAAGGCACUGUAUGCUCUUGUGCAGACCUGAGAAGAUUUGAUAGGUGUACGCGAUAUGGUAAUACAUUUAACUUGCCCUCUGAUGGGCUAGGGGAAUAAAAAAAAUCGUAUUGCCAAUUACAGUAUAUCACAAAAGUGAGUACACCCCUCACAUUUUUGUAAAUAUUUGAGUAUAUCUUUUCAUGUGCCAACACUGAAGAAAUUACACUUUGCUACAAUGUAAAGUAGUGAGUGUACAGCUUGUAUAACUGGAAAUUUGCUGUCCCCUCAAAAUAACUCAACACACAGCAAUUAAUGUCUAAACCGCUGGCAACAAAAGUGAGUACACCCCUAAGUGAAAAUGUCCAAAUUGGGCCCAAAGUGUCAAUAUUUUGUGUGGCCACCAUUUUCCAGCACUGCCUUAACCCUCUUGGGCAUGGAGUUCACCAGAGCUUCACAGGUUGCCACUGGAGUCCACUUCCACUCCUCCAUGACGACAUCCCGGAGCUGGUGGAUGUUAGAGACCUUGCACUCCUCCACCUUCCGUUUGAGGAUGCCCCACAGAUGCUCAAUAGGGUUUAGGUCUGGAGACAUGCUUGGCCAGUCCAUCACCUUUACCCUCUGCUUCUUUAGCAAGGCAGUGGUCGUCUUGGAGGUGUGUUUGGGGUCGUUAUCAUGUUGGAAUACUGCCCUGCGGCCCAGCCUCCGAAGGGAGGGGAUCAUGCUCUGCUUCAGUAUGUCACAGUACAUGUUGGCAUUCAACAUGGGGAACUGUAGCUCCCUAGUGCCGGCAGCACUCAUGCAGCCCCAGACCAUGACACUCCCACCACCAUGCUUGACUGUAGGCAAGACACACUUGUCUUUGUACUCCUCACCUGGUUGCCGCCACACACGCUUGACACCAUCUGAACCAAAUAAGUUUAUCUUGGUCUCAUCAGACCACGGUUCUAGUAUUCCAUGUCCUUAGUCUGCUUGUCUUCAGCAAACUGUUUGCUUGGUUUCUUGUGCAUCAUCUUUAGAAGAGGCUUCCUUCUGGGACGACAGCCAUAGAGACCAAUUUGAUGCAGUGUAUGGCGUAUGGUCUGAGCACUGACAGGCUGACCCCCCACCCCUUCAACAUUUACAUACCGGUAGUCAUUUAGCAGACGCUCUUAUCCAGAGCGACUUACAGUAGAGUGCAUACAUUUUAUUACAUUUUUAUUUAUUUUUUACAUUUCAUUACAUUUUUACAUACUGAGACGAGGAUAUCCCUACCGGCCAAACCCUCCCUAACCCGGACGACGCUAUGCCAAUUGUGCGUCGCCCCAUGGACCUCCCGGUUGCGACAGAGCCUGGGCGCGAACCCAGCCCAGCCUGGGCGCGAACCCAGAGACUCUGGUGGCGCAGCUAGCACUGCGAUGCAGUGCCCUAGGUCACUGCGCCACCCGGGAGGUCGUUCAACCUCUGCAGCAAUGCUGGCAGCACUCAUACGUCUAUUUCCCAAAGACAACCUCUGGAUAUGACGCUGAGCACGUGCACUCAACUUCUUUGAUCGACCAUGGCGAGGCCUGUUCUAAGUGGAACCUGUCCAGUUAAACCGCUGUAUGGUCUUGGCCACCGUGCUGCAGCUCAGUUUCAGGGUCUUGGCAAUCUGCUUAUAGCCCAGGUCAUCUUUAUGUAGAGCAACAAUUCUUUUUUUCAGAUGCUCAGAGUUCUUUGCCAUGAGGUGCCAUGUUGAACUUCCAGUGACCAGUCAGUAUGAGAGAGAUGACACCAAAUUUAACACACCUGCUCCCCAUUCACACCUGAGACCUUGUAACACUAAUGAGUCACAUGACACCGGGGAGGGAAAAUGGCUAAUUGGGCCCAAUUUGGACAUUUUCACUUAGGGGUAUACUCACUUUUGUUGCCAGCGGUUUAGACAUUAAUGGCUGUGUGUUGAGUUAUUUUGAGGGGACAGCAAAUUUACACUGUUAUACAAGCUGUACACUCACUACUUUACAUUGUAGCAAAGUGUAAUUUCUUCAGUGUUGUCACAUGAAAAGAUAUACUCAAAUAUUUACAAAAAUGUGAGGGGUGUACUCACUUUUGUGAUAUACUGUAUAUCUCCACAAGUGCAUAGUAGGGUCUUGAUUCCAUUUGGGCUUGGGCCACAGACAUAAUUUGGUUGGGAGGAUCAGUGUUCUACUGCUACUUAGGCCAGACCUACUAAAGACAGCAGAGAACAUUUGAAAUGUCUCAUCUUUAAAGCUGUGAUCAAGGGGCUUAAAAAAAUGUUUCCCGUCCAGUGGUGUUGCUGGACAUAAAAUGAAUUAACCAAUGUAGUUAAUUACACUGAUAACCAACAGCACUUUGGGCAUGUUACUGAUGCGUCUUUUUGUGUGUUUUCUGGGGGCUUGAGCUCAAAACGGCUAAUGAUCAAGUUGCCAAACAGCAGAACAUUCUCUAAAGUACCAGAGUUCACUUUGAUUAGAUUUCUGGGGAACAGUCUUCGUACUGCUUUAUUUGCUAGCAGGUAAGCUUAUUUUUUUUAACAGAAUUCAAGAAAGCAUUUGUUAACUGAUGUUGGUUUCAAAUUGUUUUCUUUCUUAAAUAAAUGCACUUUAUUUCAA